AUGAAGUACCUCGCUGCUUACCUUCUGCUGAACCUCGCCGGCAAGGAGUCUCCCUCUGCUUCCGACAUCAAGGAGGUCCUCUCCUCCGUCGGUAUCGAUGCUGACUCCGACCGUCUGGACAAGCUCCUCUCCGAGCUUGAGGGCAAGAACAUCCAGGAGCUGAUCGCUGAGGGUACCACCAAGCUCGCUUCCGUUCCCUCCGGUGGUGCCGGUGGUGCUGCCCCUGCUGCCGCCGCCGCCGCUGGCGGUGCUGCUCCCGCUGCUGAGGAGAAGAAGGAGGAGGCCAAGGAGGAGGAGGAGUCCGACGAGGACAUGGGAUUCGGUCUCUUCGACUAA